AUGACUUCUAACCUGCAACGGGCAAAGGCCAAUCUAGCCGCUCAACAGCACCAACUGUACCAACCUCAGCCCGACACGCUGUCGCCUGCCGUCGCUCGUUCGAGCUCGUCCAACCAAGUGCCCCGUCGACCCUCGCCCAUCAAGGAGGAACACGGCACUGUUUCCCCCCUCACCGCUGCCUUUAGUAGCCCUCUGGCCACCACCCAAACCGCCUCUACCGAAUCCACAUCUUCGUCAUCUCGCACCAUUCGUGGAAGUGCUGCCGCCACACCUGCUGCUAUGCCCUUGCGCACUCCCUCGUAUCCUUUUCCAUAUGUCCCUGGCACUCCGCGCACAUGGUCGUCAGCCUUCCACCAGCCUUUCACUGCUUUGUCGCCAACUGUCUCUGCCGCUCAGUCCGGUGAUAGUAGCACCCCUGGCGGUGCUGCCAUGUCCGGUGCAACCACUCCCGCCGCUACUGGUGCCGCCUUUGCUCCCCAAGGCUUCGAAUUUGGACCCAGUCAGGAUCCUCGCUUCCCGACCCCUAACGUCUAUGAUCUUGUCUUGCAGCUCAAUUCGGAGCCCGGCCUGGACGCUUGGUGGUCAACAGUUGCAAACAUAAUGAAUGAUGUCUACAAGGCGGACCGUGCGAGUCUGGCCCUCCCUGCAGACUCGAAUGAUAUCGAGAAUGUGCCAUGGGGUCAAAAGGCUACUUUCAAUGUUUCUGGCCGUGAGGACAGUUCGAAUGAGAGCCAGGCUUCAAACCACCCACCGCCUUCUAUUUCAUCACUGGCUCCACGUUCAGAUCCGUCCACUUGGAAUCGUAUGCGCCCAAACCUUGAAACUCGUCACUCUUAUGCUGGUCAUACUACGGCCGACUCACCACUCCGCCCGGGCUCUGCUCUACGUCCAAACAUGCCUUCACGCACUCGGCGUAGUUCGGUUUACGAAGAAUAUGAGCAAUACCCACCUUCGCCUUGGGCUCAGUCUCCAGCACCCUCACCUGCUAUGCAAGCCGAUCCCGAGAACAAUCCCUUUUUCACCGCAGAGGAAAGUGUCGAAGACUCGUUUAACCCAAAUGACGCUACUCAUGAUUAUUCACAUCUUGAGCCUGUCGAGGCCAUUGGCGUUGAUCGCGCUCAUACCGUUGUGCACAUCCCUCUCAUACAUCCAUCACUGUCGCCAAUAAUGCACAACUAUCCUACGGAAUCACCUAAUCCCGAAUCUCGUCCUGCAAGUCGGGCACAAUCCGUGUCACAAGCAUCGUCUGGCGACCGGAGAGCACCGAUCGCCAUUCUCUCCGUUCUCAGUCCCGCCGUGCCGUACCCUCAGAACCUCGUACAGUCUCUCAAACUGCUGGGACCACAUCUGGCCACCUCGUAUUACAUGGCCCACCAAUACACUAAUGCACACAACCAGGCUAUGGGUGUCCGCCAUCGUAGAUCUCUCUCGGGCCAUAACGUUGGCUUUGCACCCUUGAAUAUUGCGCCUGGAAAUCUCGAUGAUCUCAUUCGCGCCGACCUCGAUGAAGUGGCAGGUUCCAUAUCUGGCAGCAUGACUAGUCCCUCUGAUUACUCUGGUCGAUCACGCCACAGUCCUUCUGGUUCUAUAGUUGGUACCCCUGGAUGGGAUCCUUCAGCAUUCGGUCUCAAUUCAAACAGCAGAUCAGUGGUCAACACACCAGCUGGAUUGCGUGGAUCGGAGAUCAUCGACAGUUACUUCGACGCCAAGAAGAUGCACCGUGUAGCAGGUACUGCUGGUAACCAGACUUCAACUACCACACCUGCGAAGGACAGAAGUAAGAGAGUAUCGGUGACUACGGCCGACGAGGAGCAGACGACACCCAAGAGCGAAAGAAGAUCCAGGCAAUCGCGUUCCCUCAAAGAAGAUAAAACUCCACUCAAACUUGUUGGCCGUGAAGACAAGCGCCACUCAUAUUUACACUCUUAUGGUGCCGACUUUAGUUCAUCGUUCCAAGGACUUCCGGCUGCAACCACGCCUGGCCCCAGGACACCCGGAAUUCUCACUCAUGUUAGGGCGAGCUCUGUGUCUGACGAGAUGCCUCCGCCUUCCGAACGUUUGUUACGCACAAUCAUCGAUUCGCUGCCCGUACAAAUUUUCACCGCUGCUCCUGGCACUGGCGCGCUGACAUGGGUCAACUCGAAAUUCCUAGUAUACCGUGGACAUGAUUCUAGACAAGUUCUGAAAGAGCCGUGGCAAGCGAUACAUCCGGAAGACAAAAACAAGUACAUGGAUACCUGGAACAGAUCGCUUCGGACAGGCCAGCAACUGCAACAAAAGAUUCGUCUACAGCGAUUCGAUGGCAAUUAUCGGUGGUUCUACGUCCGAGCUGCACCUUUGAAGGAUAAGAAGCAGAACAUUGUUCAUUGGAUCGGUACAAACAUGGACUUCCACGAACAACAUCUGGCCGAAGUGAACCUUGCCCGCCAGCAAGAGACUGCUGCUUCCGAAGCAAAAUACAGAGCAUUGGCCAACUCGAGUCCCCAGGUCGUCUUCACCGUCAACAAGUCCAAGGGUGUCACUUUCUGCAACUCUCAAUGGCUGAACUAUUCUGGACAGCGCGAAUCUCAGGCUUUGGGCAUCGGCUUCAUGGAGCACGUUCAUCCCGAUGACAUUGUCAAAUGCAGGUUGCCCGCCUUCGAAAACGACUCAGCCAACGCUACCAAUGUCCCGACCACGAUGCCACCGGAGCCACACAGAACAAUGUCCUCAUCUGCUCAAUCGUCCAGUGCAUCGUCAGAUACUGAACGUGCACCUACAAGUCCAAUGAACACGUCACCAACCACCCAAUUGCCUCAAGCAAGACUUUCCCAGUUGGCUUCCACUGGCAUUCUCAAGGUUUCACGAGACGCCGAUGGAAAGCCUUCAUACUCUACAGAGGUUAGACUGCGCUCGAAGGACGGCGAGUACAGAUGGCAUCUCGUUAGAGUUCUGCUUGCAGAGCGUGAUCUUCAGGAUGACGAAGAAGAGACUUGGUACGGCACUUGCACUGAUAUCAACGAUCACAAGGCUUUGGAACGUGACCUGAAGGAGACGAUGGACGAAAAGUCUCGCUUCCUGAGUAACAUGUCUCACGAGAUCCGCACUCCUCUGAACGGCAUCACUGGUAUGGUCAACUUCUUGAUUGAUAGCAGCUUGACUUCGGAACAGAUGGAGCACGUCAACAUCAUCAGAGCUUCUACUGAAGGAUUGCGUGGUCUCAUCAACGACAUUCUCGAUCUCUCCAAGGCCGAGGCUGGCAUGAUCCAACUUAAUAUGGACUGGAUGCAUGUCCGCUCUCUUAUCGAGGAGGUCAACGAUCUGACAUCUGCAAUGGCAAUUGACAAAGGAUUGGAGCUCAACUAUCUGGUCGAACCUGAUGUACCCUCCCAGAUCAAGGGCGAUCGUUUCCGCAUCCGCCAGAUUCUGCUCAACGUCAUCGGUAAUGCGAUCAAGUUUACCAUGUCCGGUGAAGUGUUCAUCCGCUGUAGCGUGCCAUUGGAAGAGGAAUACCAGCCUACUGACGACUCGAUGUAUGUUCAGUUCGAGAUCAUGGACACAGGCCAAGGCUUUACCGAGAAGGAAGCACAGUACCUCUUCAAACGCUUCAGCCAGAUCGACGGAAGUAGUACCCGUCAACAUGGCGGAACAGGACUUGGGCUUGUCAUCUCUCGUCAACUCGCUCAACUGCACGGAGGUGACAUGUCUGCGAGAGGUGUGCCUGGCAAAGGCGCUACGUUCGCUUUCGUCAUCAAGACCAGUCUGCCGGCCGGGGACGAUAAGCCGCCUCCACCGCCUGCAACUCCUGGCGUUGCUCUGCUGCCUACCACACCUGUGACACCUUUACCUUUACCGACAAUAACGCAAGACCCCAGGCUGUCAAACACACUGAAACUUCCUAUCAGGAAUUCACCCAAAAUGGUCUCACCAGGUGGCAGCCACCUGCCACCCAUGUACUCGAUCUUGGUUGUAUGCCCGCUCAAGCAUGCUCGCGACGCAACGGUGCAGCACAUGGACAUGACAUUACCCAAGAACAUCCCUCACAAGAUCACAGCGAGGGAGAGUGUGAUAGAAUGUCAAAAGAUGAUCAGCGGAGACGAUCCAAUGAUAUUUUCGCACAUCGUGCUGGUCCUGCAGUCGGUGCCAGAGAUCAUUAAAUUCGUGCAGCAAGUGCUCGCUUCACCCCCUCACUCCAUGACGCAAUUGGUGCUCAUUACUGAUUUGCAACAACGACGAAAGCUUAUAGAGCAAGCACCGCACUUCGACGACACUGCGCUAGCCAAAGAGAGAAGGAUGCAGUUCAUCUUCAAGCCAUUGAAGCCGAGUAAGUUUGCCGCCAUCUUCGAUCCACGCAAAGAGCGUGAGAUGAGCACCGAUCGCAACCAAGAUUCGGCGCAGCAGGUGGCCGUCAGUCAGAAGCAAGUCUAUGAGGAAAUGAUUCGCAGAUUGGGCGACAAGAACAAGCGAGUCUUGUUAGUGGAGGACAAUAGGGUCAAUCAAAUGGUUCUUCUCAAGUUCCUCAGCAAGGUCAACGUGAAGGUCGAUACAGUAUUGGACGGAGUUCAAUGCACCGAGAAGGUGUUUGCCAAUCCUCAUGGAUACUACUCGAUCAUCUUGUGUGAUCUUCACAUGCCCAACAAGGACGGCUACCAGACUUGCCGAGAAAUUCGCAAGUGGGAGAAGAAGAACAAAGAGCCGUAUAUCCCAAUCGUUGCACUGUCGGCCAACGUCAUGGGAGAUGUCUACGCCAAAUGCGUAGACGCAGGUUUCAACAGCUACGUGACCAAGCCGGUCGACUUCAAGGAGCUCAGCACGGUCAUGUUGACAUACCUGGACCCGUCGGACCCCGAUCAACCCAUCGAAUUCAUGAAGCAGAAGAAGUAA